AUGGCAACGCUUACCCCAACGGAAGAGUCUACCAGUGCCCGCAGUCUUCGUCGUGACUUUCGGAAUACCUUUCGACACCUCGCUGCCGCGCUUUUUGCAGCUGUUUUAUCGGCUUGUGCCGACCAUCUGCAUCAGUGGAGCCUAUUUCCGGUCUCAGUUUCGAAACUGGUCUCUGUUGGAGUCUACGCAUCAAGCUGGCUUGUAUACUCCUGGCAAUGCAGCAGGAAGCCACAGAGGCUUACUUCGCGGCUUGUUUCGACAACGUCGCAACGCCGAGAACUCGCAACCAUUGUGGUCCACCGAGCCGGGGAAAGCUUUGGACACACGGCAAUGGUUGCCGGACUAUUCAUACGAACUGCCUCCUACCGGAUCAUUCUAACUUAUUUCGUGAUCGAAUACGUGGCAACCUGGGCAGGGUUCAGCGUUUGGAUCUCGGGACCUCGCUAUGCUCCCACGACACCGAAUGAAAGCUCGCAAGAGACCAGGCUUGAAAAGGCACCGGCACGCCAGCGAGUAUGGCGGCUUUUGGAGUUUUUGAAUGGACCCCAUGCCCUAGGUGUAACCCUCGGAUGGGUGCUCCCAUUCGUGCUCGUGACGUAUUGCACUUUUCGAGCGACGCGCGUGUCACCGACCGUGCAUUCGUCCUCCAUGAUGGCGGAAUUGAGCGCCAUCGGGCUCUGGCAAUCCGCUCGCAUGCGUAUCGCAGAGUGGCUGAUGUUUGUCGCAGGCGCAGCGCAUAUGCUAUGUAUAUGCGGCAACGUUCUCAUCACCACAAUAUAUCUUGCAACCGUGGAGCCAGAUUCCCGGCAGUCGAAGAAAGCGUAG